UGGCAACCCAAACGCAUGCGUCGUGGCUUUCAUGUGAUUGGACCUCCCAGAAACCCGGAAGUAGCGUGAAGGUCUUUGGUAAUGGUCGGAGUUGGUUUCAAUGUAGUGGGCCCGGUAUCGAUGUGAAAAUGGGUGUUAAAAUAGAGGUGUUUAGAAUGAUGUUAUAUCUGUCCUUUCCCGUGACCAUGUUCUGGAUCUCAAACCAGGCGGAGUAUUUUGAAGAGUACAUAGUAAAGAGAAAGAGGGAGAUCUUCCCCCCUGACGAGGGACUGCAUAGGAAAGAGUUGGAGGACUUUAAAGAGCGAAUGCGUGUACGUAAGGAGCAGCGAAUAUUAAAAGAGAUUUCCAUGGAGUCUGAGAAUUGAUGAGAAUUUGUAAAUUCCCAGCUCCACCGAUGGCGAAUCAUCUGGCAAUGUUAAAAACAAACUGGUCGGACUGGAGUAAGAGGACAAAUAGGAAAGAAGUUAACACAUCCCAAAGGUUUUAUGGGUGUUUCCCAGAGAUUGAUUGUGCCUAAUAUGCAUUUUUAAAUGUACAUGUGUGAUUUUCUGUGUGCUUUGAAGGCCUCAUGCAUCAGUUGAGUUGCUGUGAUUGUCAUAAACUAAUUGAGUUAUAUCUCCAGGUGGAUCUUAUGUCUAUUAAAUGCAUUCACCCCCUUGGAUUUUUUUCUUUGUUUAGUGUUUUAUAACAUUGUAUCAACGUGGAUGUAAUUAGGCAUGUUUGAUAUUGAUAACAAAAAGAGACCUUAAUACCAUUAAGGAUUCACUCCUUCAUAUCAAUACUUAUCAGAGGCACAUGUGUUAGCAAUGUCUACCUAAAGCUUAUGUAAUAAAGUCUGGGUAUCUUUAGAUUUAUAUUCUGGGUUGCCUUAUUGGAAACUCAAAUUUCCCUUAAGUCACAAUUCCCUUACAGACUGCAGCAUGUUUUCUUUUGUGGUUUAUCUGUAAUUGGCUGCAUUCAUUGUUAAUUUAAAGCAACUGCGAUGAUUAUUUUCAGUUGUGUGAAACUAUGACAUUAAAGAAUGGUUUUUCUGCUUCUUAA